AUGGCGACCGCGCUAGGCAUAGUGAACAUGUUGGGAGAAUCGAUUCGGUGCCUGGAUUUAAGUGGAAACAUGUUAGGAAAGAUAAAUGAGACAACGUUUCAUAGUUUGAACAAUUUGAAAUGGUUAUAUCUAAGUGAAACCAAUCUCUCAUUCGCUGCUGAAUCUAAUCCCUUCGAGCAUCUUAACAAUCUGAAGACACUCCAUAUUUCCUACAACAAUUUAACAUCACUGAAUAUCAGUUUACUUUCAAAAACUUUGAGUAAUUUGGAAGAGUUCCGAGCGGCUGGAAAUCACAUUGAUAACGUUCUAGGAAUCAUACACAGUCUCGGAUCAAAUCUAUGGGCAUUGGACUUUUCUCAGAGUAUCAUCGGAACAUUGAAUCUCAGUACAUUCGAACGUUUUGAGCAUUUGUAUUGGUUGAAUUUGUCAGACACACAUUUGGAACAUUUCAAUGUGAAUCCACUCAGAGUGUCCCGUUUAGACAUUUCACGAAACAAUUUGAAGCGAUUGAAUGUGGACUUACUAUCGCAUACUUUGAGAAGUUUAGAAUACUUUUACGCAGCCGAUAAUUAUUUCGAAAAUACGGCUGAAAUCAUACAACAUUUGGAAUCAAAUCUAUACGAACUGGAUAUUUCUGGAAAUUAUAUGGGAAAAUUGAACGAAACUACAUUUGAACGAACUCAAAAUGUUGAGCGGCUGUCGCUUAGACGCACCAAUUUAUCGAUUUCUGAUGUUAAACCUUUUGAAACUAUGCAGUUUUGGUUGGACCUAGAUAUUUCGAAAAACAACUUGAAAAAAUUAAAUUUCUCUACUUCGAUUGUUUUUCGGACCUUGGAAGAAAUGAACUUGAGUGAAAACUAUCUAACCCAACUGGACGGUCUCAAUAAGCACUCUUUUCCAAAACUCACCAAACUGGAUAUUACAAAUAAUAACUUGAAUUGCACCCAUCUAUUCAUGUUCAGAAGAGAAUGGGACAGACUAGAGAUAAUCGGAGAUCCGUGCACUGAAAUUGAAAACAAUGAAACUCGAAGCCAAACUGACACAGAGAGCGAAAGAGACUAUUUUAUUCAUGGAUCAUGGUACGAAAGAAACUAUUUUAUUUAUGGAUCAUUGGCAUUGGUAAUUUGUUCGAUUUCAUGCGCUUUGGCUGUCUAUUGUUUCCGAAAACAUCGUAAAAGAGCUGGCUUGACCAAUUUCGAAACUGGUGAUGUCGAUGGUCUUAACCCCCAAUGCCCAUUGGAUGUACAGGCUGAUCUGCUUCC